AUGGCAACCACGACAUUAACUUUAUUAGUCACCGACAAACUAAUUGGCGACAACUACGCUAGUUGGAACAACUUAAUACUUACAAUAGUAAUCAUCGAUGAUCUCCAGUUCGUCCUUACGAAGGAGUGUCCUCCUAUUCCACCUCCUACUACUGCUCAAAACGUUCGAGACACGUAUGAGCAAUGGACACGGGCGAAUGAGAAGACCCGAGCGUACAUCUUAGCCAGCAUAAACGAUGUCUUGGCCAAGAAGCAUGAACCCAUGGUCACUGCACGUGAGAUNCAUCUUAGCCAGCAUAAACGAUGUCUUGGCCAAGAAGCAUGA